AUGGCAGAUCUCGAAGCUGUAUUAGCUGAUGUUUCCUAUUUAAUGGCAAUGGAAAAAUCGAAAUCAACUCCAGCUGCUUCAGCAAGUAAAAAAAUUGUAUUACCAGAUCGAACAGUACGAAGUGUUACACAUAAGCAUUUACAAAAAAUGUAUGAAAAUACAUUUGAGAAAAUAUUUAAUCAACAAAUUGGAUUUCUUCUUUUCAAAGAAUUUAGUUCAAGUCUAUGUGAUGAACCUGUGCCUCAAUUGAAAUUCUAUGAAGAGAUAAAACGAUUUGAAAAACUUGAAACAGACGAAGAACGAUGGCGUGUAGGAAAAGAAAUUUAUGAUCAAUUUAUAAUGAAAGAACUUCUUUCGAAUUCUCAUACAUAUUCAGAACGAGCUGUUGAAAGUGUUAAAAAAUAUCUAUCAAAGUAUAAUCCAAAUAAUCCAAAAAAUACUUUACCAUCAAAUUUAUUCGAACCAUAUAAAAAAGAAAUAUGUGAUUUAUUACGUGGAAGAAUAUUUGAUAAAUUUAUGGAAUCAGAAAAAUAUACCAGAUUUUGUCAAUGGAAAAAUUUUGAACUUAAUAUUCAGUUAACAAUGAAUGAUUUUAGUGUUCAUAGAAUCAUUGGACGAGGUGGUUUCGGUGAAGUAUAUGGUUGUAGAAAAGCAGAUACAGGAAAAAUGUAUGCAAUGAAAUGUUUGGAUAAAAAACGUAUUAAAAUGAAACAAGGUGAAACACUAGCAUUGAAUGAACGUAUUAUGCUUUCCCUUGUCAGCACAGGAGAGGAAGGUUGUCCAUUUAUUGUCUGUAUGACAUAUGCAUUUCAUACAACAGAUAAACUUUGUUUUAUUCUCGAUUUAAUGAAUGGCGGUGAUCUACAUUAUCAUUUAUCUCAACACGGUGUUUUUUCUGAAAAAGAAGUCAAAUUUUAUGCAGCAGAAAUUACUUUAGGUUUAGAACAUAUGCAUCUUAGAUCAAUUGUUUAUCGAGAUCUUAAACCUGCAAAUAUUUUACUUGAUGAACACGGCCAUGUACGUAUAUCAGAUUUGGGUUUAGCUUGCGAUUUUUCCAAAAAAAAACCACAUGCAAGCGUUGGUACACAUGGUUAUAUGGCACCAGAAGUUUUAGCUAAAGGUGUUGCUUAUGAUUCAAGUGCAGAUUGGUUUUCAUUUGGUUGUAUGAUGUAUAAAUUACUGAAAGGACAUAGUCCAUUUCGACAACAUAAGACAAAAGAUAAACAUGAAAUAGAUAAAAUGACCAUGACUAUGAAUAUUGAAUUACCUGAAACAAUGACAAAUGAAAUGCGUACAUUAUUAGAAGGAUUACUUCAACGUGAUGUUGAUAAAAGACUUGGCUGUAUGGGCAGAUUAGCUGAAGAAGUAAAAGAUCAUCCAUAUUUUAAAGAUAUGGAUUGGAAACAAGUUUAUUUAUUAAAAUUAACUCCACCAUUAAUUCCACCACGUGGUGAAGUUAAUGCAGCUGAUGCAUUUGAUAUUGGAAAUUUUGAUGAAGAUGAUACAAAAGGAAUUAAAUUAACAGAAUCUGAUCAAGAAUUAUAUAAAAAUUUUCCAAUUGUUAUUUCGGAACGAUGGCAACAAGAAAUAACUGAAACUGUAUUUGAUACAGUCAAUCAAGAAACAGAUAAAAUCGAACAAAAACGAAGAACAAAAUUUAA